CUCAAAACUCUUGAAUUGUUUUGUUAUCAUUUUAGUCAAGAAAGAAAAUCAUGGCCUUCCAAAAAGAAUACCUUGAUUUGAUAUUGGUUCCUGGUGGUUUGUUAAUCAUGUUUGCUUAUCAUCUCUUCCUUCUAUACAGAUACCUUAAUCUCCCCCACACCACAGUCAAAGGCUUCGAAAACAAUGACAAAAGAGCUUGGGUUGAUAGGAUUAUGCAGGCGAAUAAAACAGAUAUUGGUAUGGCUCUAACAGUAAUAUCUACCAAUAUAUCAGCAGCAACUUUUCUAGCUUCAAUUUCUUUAACUCUCAGUUCACUUAUCGGAGCUUGGCUUGGAAAUUCCUCUAAUAAUGUUUUUGAAAGUGAACUAAUUUACGGUGAUACAAGACAAUCCACCAUGUCCAUAAAGUACAUAAGCCUUCUCACUUGUUUUCUUUUAGCAUUUUCAUUCUUUGUUCAAUCUGCAGGGCAUUUUGUGCAUGCCAAUUAUCUAAUAAGCACACCAGACAGUGACAUACCUGUGAAGAAUGUUGAGAUGGCUGUUAUAAGAGGAGGUGAUUUUUGGUCACUUGGUCUUAGAGCAUUAUAUUUUGCUCUUGAUUUGUUACUUUGGUUUUUUGGUCCGAUACCCAUGUUUAUUUCUUCUAUUAUUAUGGUCAUUAUCCUCCAUUACCUCGAUUACAAUUCGACGCCGCUGCACCGGCAUAGGUCUCCGGCGAGCCAGACUACGAAAGGGGUUGGUAUAUAGCUUUAAGUUGUAAUUUUAAAAUAAUAAUCUUCAGGUGGUUCAACUGUUCAUGUUAGAACCAAAUCCUCUACUAGCCCAUUCAAAGGUAUAUAGCAUGAAUUUAAUUUUGUAAGGAACAAAGAAAUUCAUAUAAAUUAAUGUAUUUUUAAAAAGAAAUUGAUAUUUGCUGA